CUUGCUUCACAGAGAUAUUUAAGACGUGCAACGUGUUAAACUAAUACUUUUCGACUGUCUUAUUAUAGGAUUUAUAAGCAGGAACAUAAUUUUUAUCUUUGAGUUUCCGGGAAACCGGCUCCGGGACCAUGGAAAGCUAAAUAACCGCGGAGAGCCGCUUCCCACGCGCUACGUUCCACCAUGGACUUUGAGGUUGACAAAAGAGACUAUAGCGUUGCAGAGUUUCAUGAGACAUUCCAGGACAACCUGCCACGCAUCGUGAUGGUCUCCCAGGGUUUCUAUGGCGAGAUCACGGAGGACACGUUUGACAGGGAAAUGAUAAUCCGUAUCCAGACCGUGUCCAAGCAACAGCGCGUGAUAGCACUGUCGGAGUACCUGAACUAUACCAAGCUCAUAUCCAUACCCACUGUAUACCAGGAGAGGAUGUGCGUCGUCAACAAACACAACAAACUGCGCAAAGAGAAGACGAUGUCGGCCAUCUUGAGCGAGUACCCACUUCCGGUGUGUGUGGAGUUUCCACGCGAUCGCACGAUUCACGUGGACGGCCAACAGAUAAGCACCAACCACCUUCCCAGACUCGACCUCCUCCAGAAGUUUGACGAGAUGUUUCUGUUAGGGAACUUUAUAACGGACGGCGUGAUGGACCCGGAUGUGAUCCACGUGCCUCUGUAUUUGUCCCAGCUCCGCCUGGCGCUGAUUACCGGCAUAAAGGGGGUCGCGAAGCAGAAGUGGGCUAGCUACCAGGAGGAACUGGACAACGCCAGCUCGUACAUCGAGUAUGACCUCUCCUUUGGGAACCAAGGUAUCGGCCAGUACGAUCCAUCCGCAGUUCACUCGGGGUCCUUGUACUCGUAUGUGGAGCCGCGGGUCUACUCGAACCUCGCCAAGGUGUUCCAGACGCCGCACGUACGUCCAAACGAGACCAUCAGCGCCAUGGAUGACCCCGCCUACACCGUUGAAAACACUAACGGCGACACGUGCAAACUUUUGGAGUCGGAGGGGACAGUCUAUGACGAAAUCGGUAAACAACGCUCUAAUGCACCUCCUUUGUCCAUCUUAAAAAGCAAACCACCGCCACCGUCUGCACCUAUCGCUAAGGAUUCAAUGCAGACCGUGAACAAAGAGAAAGAAUCACCGAAAGUAACAAGAGGUAUUGCUGCCGAGUUUAAAAAAGCUUUAAAGGCUAGGCAACACCCACCGGCGGAACCUUACCAAUCACCGGAAGAUUCGUCUGCUUCUUGUAAGGGGCCGCCUCCGGUCACGCUCAAACCCAUGCGGCCACCGCCGGCCAUACCGGAAGUGAAUGCUAACGAAACAUGGAAAUUACCAAAACAGAUACAAUCGCGGUCGGUAACAGAGACACCGCCUACUCGACCUUACACUGUGUCCAAAGAGUUUGCCUUGUAUUCCAACGACGUCCCUCGAACAAGCAUAGCACCAAUGCAAACACAUGUUGAAAAGAAACAGACUAUGCCUGCAAAAACCCACCAUAAAACUGAAAACAUUAAACCAGUCCGGCCACACAGAGUAACUUCCAGUUUAAAAAGUACUCAACAAGACGACAGUCUACCAGAGGUAAAUUCUGCAGACGAUGUUAAAAAGUUGAAAAUAAGUGAAGUAUGCGCGUAUCUAAAAGUGUUACGACUGGAAAACUAUGCGGAUGUGUUCCAAAAUAAUUUAAUCGACGGGAUGACGUUAAGUACCCUGAGUAGCGAAGAUAUCCAGCAGGAGUUCCAGAUGAAACCCCUAGAGGCUAUGAGAUUAACAAACUUCGCACAUAGAGGUCACGUGCCGAAAUGAACAUGAACCCGAUAUCCAUUUAAACAUUGUAAAUUGAAAGUAAUAUUGAUUUAACAUCUGGGUUUAAUUUUGACCAGAGUUAAACAUUUUUGUGCAAACCGGUUGAAUGUGAACUUCAAAACGGCUUAUCCGGUUAAUAUUGACCGGCAUUUAACAUUGUUACCAGUAGUUGACCGGUAAUAGAUUGGCCUUUUUUACGCCAAGCUUUUAAGCGAUGGUGUUCUAAUAAUUUACUUAUUAUGAGUUGUUUUUUAUUAUUGAUUUAUUGCUAAAUGGUUUGUAUCUUUUCGAACAAUGGCCGACAAAUGGUGCAUAUAAAUCAAACGUUUAUAUGAGUUUUUAAUGUGAUUUGAGAGAAUCUUUCAAUUAUAAUAGUAAUAUUUUAGUUAUAGGAAGCUAAAUCAUGUUUAGUUCAAACCGAAGACUCAAAACUACAAGCGAGUACGCUAGCCACUGCGCUUACCGGACAACCAAGAAAACUACCAAACUUGGUGAAACUAAUCAACUAACUUUUCA